CUAUCCACCGCCACAGCUCUUCAGUUGUUCAGAUGUGCGCGCGCGCAUCGCGUCUGUUUAGACUGUGGCGACUCAAGCGCAGUGGCAACAAGAAGUUCAAGUUCUUGAGGAAGCUAUGGCGAUGAGGGCUUUGAUAGUGCUAUGUGCUGUGCUGGCGUACCAGCCUUGCAAUGGUCGCUCCAUGCCUGAGGGGGAGGACUCGGUGGUGUCUGUCUACACCACCUUGCCCACCACCGCGGGAACCCACCCGUCGCUCGACGUCUACCACCAGAUAGCCAACAAUAUUGCUGAGAGGAUCACCUCGCCGAUAUACAGAUUCCUCGGCAUCAACAAAACGAAUACUGAGAAGAACGCCACAAGGAAAUCUUGGGAGAAGAUCGAACUCCUCGACGAGACUCCAGAAGAAGUCACCAAACCGAACUACCUGCCUGUUGACAACGACAUAUCCGAAGGCAGAGACGUAGAAGAACUGUCCGUCGAAGCCCUGAAGAAGGCUGAUAAGAAACCAGAAAAAAUUACCCUUUACAACAGCUAUCUACCAAUUUUGGGAAAACUAGAGACCCUAGACGUCAAUGAUACUGUCAACGAAGUCGAUAGCAAUAGGAGCAGUGAUGAUGAUGAUGGUGGACUGACGUUAGAUGACGUGGGUGAAGACGAACCCAGAGAAAAUUAUUUUACUUAUAUUCUAGAGGUAUUAGCGAGUAUAGUUCAGCUUAUAUGGGGCGGAAUCACUUCGUGGCUGAAGCCGAAAUCUAGUUCUGAGGAUUAGUUUUAAGGUAUUAUUAAGAUUUCACAAGUAUUACUUUAGUGUUUAAACAAUAGUCAUUUGGACACGAAGGAUAUACGAACCGAUAUAUUUAAUGGAAUGGCACAACACAAAGCAUCCUAGUGGAUAUCUAACUAUCCACGAUUUUCUAAUUGCAUAAUAUGAAAGUCUGCCAUAUUUGUUAGUUACAUUUACAUCUUAUAAUAAACCUAUCUCUAUCAUAAUCUAUCCACUGUAAAAAGGAAAUUGAGUACCCUCAAAUUAUAAUGGCCUGCCGAGGGACUAUGUAUGUAGAUUUUAGAUACUUAUUUCAGAUAUCUGAAAAUAUUCUAAAAUGGUUAAACUAAAAUAUUAAAAAAUAAUGUAUUGUACAAAUUAAUUUAAAUUAUUGGUUGAUGUAAUUAUAAUGUGCCAUCAAAGGUUGAAGCUAGUAAUUUAAUAAUUUAUAUGUAUAAUUAAAUUAUGAACCUGAAGUUGAUUAUAUCAAUUUUUGCAAACAAUUUGUAAAAAUUUGGAAAUAAAAAAUAGUUAAGAAGACAUUUUAAUUUAGUAAUAAAUAAAAUCAGUAAAACCAUUUUUUUGUUUUCUUACGUUAUCUCAACUAUGCAGACAUAGAAAAACUAAAUUAAUUAAGAAAACUGAAAAUCAGACAGCUGAUAUUUUAUGUUAGCUUUAACUGGGACGUGUGUAUAUGACCUCUUUGAAAAUACCGUGCAAAUAGAGAAUCUGAAUAAGGUCGUGUCUGUCUAAAAGACGGAUUUUCAAUAAAGACUAUGAAGAAUA